AUGGCGCGAAAACUUGGCGCGGAUUGCGGGGCCGGUGAAGAAAACAAAAUGGCGGAAAGUGAGGUGAAAGAACUUGACGUAAAGGAAAGAAAAAGAAAACCAAAUUUCUCACCGCUUGAGAUUUCCGUAAUUACAGAAAGUGUGAAAAAAAAUAUUGAUGUGAUCCAGUCAAAGCUGACGAAUAAUAUAACCAACAAAAAAAAAAGUCAAGUCUGGGAGGAGAUUACCAAGGAGGUAAAUGCUGUUGGCCGAGCGAAUCGCUCCGUCCAAGAAAUAAAAGACAAGUGGAAGAACCUCCACUCAACAGCCAAAAAAGAAUUUAGUAAUUACAAGAAAGAGUACAAGAAGACUGGCGGUGGACCUCCACCCAAGCCCCCUUCCCAGUCAAGUGAGCAAAUCAUAGAAAUUUUUGAGGACACACCCGCCUUCUCCGGACUGGGGGGAUUUGAGACUGGUGGCGGCGAAGGGCUUGGUGAGAAAGCUUAUGUAAAUAUUUCAUUGUUUUACUGGUCAUGUGAUUUCCUAGAAAGCUGUAGCUUUGUCCGCCAUUUUUGGUAUGUUUUAUCUGGGAACCUUUCGUGGAGCAUUUUAAGAUAAGUACUUAAGUGUUUAUUAUUUUGCAGAGUUUCCUCCCCAUUUUCUGCCAUUUUACUUUGCGAAAUUACCAACUCGAUGAUCCCCGACAGCAGCAAAAACGGGGUUAACUUCGGUGUAAGAACCUGUGAACUUUGUUUUUCUUGGUUCUGUUGUCUUCUUUGAAUUCUCUCUUACACCGAGAAACGUUCGAAUGUAGGCUCUGAUGAACUCGUAAUUCGAGAAUAAGAAUUUGUUCUCCUUUGCUUUUCAGUGAAAAGCUUACUUUUUUUUUUUUAUAGUCAAGCUUGCAUUAAUGUUUCGAAGGCAAGUUUUAUUUCGAUGUAACAACAUAGGAACGGGUACCCUGCGAGCAGAGGCCCUUCGAUCUUCCUAGAUAAGUCGGGAAGAGGAAGGGACGACUUAUCUAGGAAGAUCGAAGGGCCUCUGCUCGCAGGGUAAGGAACGGGUCAACAGCGAAGGAAAUCUCAAUCGCAGUAAUAGAAGGACUUGAAAAAAGGCCACUGAGUGCUUAUAAAAGACAUCAAUACAAGCUUACGUAAAUAUCCUAUCUUUUUCAACAUUUCACCUAUAGUUCAAAUUUCUGGUGCUGAAUGCACAACAUUUUCUUGAAUUGAAUAUAGUAGAACCAGCUGAAGCAGAUAUUGUGGAAGACCAACAAGAUUUACCAACGCUAUCGAGUGAAGAUAUGAUGAAACUUGGUCUGAUAGCACAGGUUAAGGAAGAUCAUUCACCGUUGCCACCAAAUAGAAAGAGACGAAUUUCACAAGCUGAUAUUCUGGAAGAGCAGCAAAAGGCAUUAAAGCUGCAACAAGAAAUGCUAGAGCUAAAGAAAACAAAGCUUCGAAUGGAAAUUCUUCUUAUCAGCAAAAAACUGGAUGAUGAAGAUAAGGAAAACAUCCCAAAUUGAAUGCAGGAUAUUUUUUAUGAACACUUUAUAUUGAUAUUGGGAUUUUACAUUAGCUUACAAUGUUUUGUAAAAUGUUUCAGAUUCUACAUAAAUUUCAAGCAUAUUUUUUCAUACACAAAAUCUUGUUUAUCCCAGUUAUGGAAAUAAUGUCUCUGUGACCAGUUAC